AUGCGCGUGGUCUACUACGUUGUAUCCAAUGAACUUGUCAAGUUUUCAUCUUUGCUGCCAUCCAACAGGAACAGAUCCUUACUCGUACACUCCUUGGUCAAAGCAUAUGGUCUGUUGGAUACUCAGGAAAACUCGACCCAGCAGAGAACCUGCCUUGAGAUCAUACGUCCAGUUCCGGCUGAUACCAAGACUCUCUCACAAUAUCACACUCGCGAGUACCUGGACUUUGUGUUGAACUCCAAGAAGCUACAUACGGACACUCUUUAUACUCAGAAAGCCGAGCUUGGCCUCGAAGAGGAUUGUCCACCUUUCGCUGGGCUGCCUGCAUAUGUACGUCUUAUAGCUGCUGCAAACGCGUUGUACGCAUCGACAGGGGACGCUCAAAUUUCCGUCUGUUGGGACGGUGGAAGGCAUCACGCCCAAAAAGCACGGGCCUCUGGGUUCUGCUACGUCGCAGACUGCAUCCUCGCUAUUCUGGCCCUCAAGCGCGCCACAAACCUUGCGCGCUCUCCACGCACGAAGCCUCGUAUCAUGUAUCUGGACCUCGAUCUGCAUUUCUCUGAUGCCGUUUCGCAAGCUUUCUCGUCCUCCGCAGGCGUGUCGUCUGCCGCGCAAGUGUUAACGUUCUCGAUCCACCAUAGCGCACCUGGAUUCUUCCCUGUGUCAGAGUUGGCCUUUCUCCCUGACCCUGACAAUCUCCUCUUCGAUCCAUUUACCUUGUCGAUGCCGCUUCAGCGUGGCGCGUCCGACGCGACAUUCGCGCGAAUUUGGCCAUGCGUUGAGCGUGUCAAGCAAGCGUUCGACCCUGACAUUGCUGUGGUCCAGUGCGGCGUCGACGGCCUUGCUGGAGAUCCGCAUGCGGUCUGGAAUUGGUCCCUCGGUGCCGCGGAUGGCAGUCUCGGUUGGUGCAUUAAGCGUAUCUGCAAUGAAUGGGGCUGCAAAGUGCUACUGCUGGGUGGGGGUGGUUACAACUCGCCUAAUGCGGCGAGAGCAUGGGCGUAUCUGACAGCUAUCGCGUUGGGGCGAGAUAUCCCGCUCGAUGCGGACGUCCCAGAUCAUGCCACAUUCCCAUUGUAUGCGCCAUCUUUUACUCUCGAUGUGCCAGCAGGGAAUGCACAAGAUCAUAACAGCGCCCAAUAUCUAGAGACAGUUGAUAGGAGCUUCGAGCGAGUAGCCAUAAUGAUUGAGGAACACCUGUCAAGUGCCCUGCAGACACAAUGA